AUAUAUCGCGGGUACUUUUGAAAAUCAAGCCGAGCUGAGCUGUUGACUUUUGUGUGUCUGGGCCGAAGUCUGAAGAAAACACAAACUUUUUCAGACCAUUUCUACGUUGCAAGUGUUCUAUAAAUAAAGUAGAAGCAGGAUGGCUCCAAAGCGGCAAUACACCAUGAAGGAGGUCUUUGAAGAGUGUCAACAAGGUCUUCAUACACACAGCAAGUUGAUGACAGCACUGCUAAAAAAUUAUCAGCAGGCCGAGGAUAAAGCAGCAUUCAAUGAUGAAUUUGCUGGAUACCUGAAGUAUUCGAUGGUCAUCUUCAAGCGGGAACCCGCCGUUGAACGAACCCUGGACUUUGCUGCAAAGUUUGCUGCGUCGUUUGGCGUUGAAGAAGGAAAGGAGAAUCAAUCAGAGGACGAAGCAACUUUCCUCACGUUCCUCUUUGAUUUUCUCUUGAAGUCCCACAAUGGGCGUGACCGUGCAGUGCGGUUCCGUGCUUGCCAGAUGAUCAACAAACUCCUGUCCAACCUAGGGGAGGAGGCUCAGAUCGAUGACGACCUCUAUGAUCGUAUCUAUCGCUGUAUGCUGGCCAGGGUCCAAGACAAGUUUCCUGCCGUGCGAGUCCAGGCGGUCAUGGCACUUGCUCGUCUCCAGGAUCCUUCUGAUCCCGACUGCCCAGUGAUUAAAGCAUACCUUUAUCUGAUGGAGAAGGAUGUGAACUUUGAGGUGAGGAGAACAGUCCUGUCCUGUAUCGCUCCUGCAUCCCAGACCCUUCCAGCCAUUCUGGAGCGAACCAGGGACAUCAAAGAUACUGUCCGUAAGAUGGCUUAUCAGGUUCUAUCAGAGAAGGUUCAUGUGAGAUCCCUCACCAUAUCACAGAGGAUCAAAGUCUUACAGUCUGGACUCACUGAUCACUCAGGUAUGAAAGUGUUUUGAGUUAUAAUAUGUUCAAUUCAAUUCAAUUCAAUUCGGUUUAUUAGAUAUAAAACAGAAUACAAUGCUGUAGUCCGAAGACUAAUUGUGCAAUGUUUACAUUGAUUAUUAUUUACAUUUGAAGAUUGUAUAUACACUUAAAAAAAUGAUUCACAUAUAAAUGAGAAACAGUUGGUUGAUUAAUUGAGUCAUGCAUAAGUGAGAUUUCAGUAGAUAUUACUAGCAAGAAUUCUGAUAAUUGUGUAUUGGGGAAAAACCUGUUUUAAACUUACAAUUAUACAACAAAAAGGUCAGAAAUAUAAUUCAGAUUUGAUAUUCAUUAUGAAGAGAUUUAGAAUCAAGUUAUUGCAACAGGAUUAAUCAUAGUUAUAGAACAUUUAAAUAAUAAUAAUAAUAACAUUUGAGAUAUGAAAUCCAUUAAGAAUGGAACCAAGAUUACUUUGAGAUAUGCGAUUGAGGCUGAUAAAAUAAUUCAUAAUAAUUCUUUAAAAAAAAUCAAAAUUAACAAUUAAAUGUUGUGAUUAAAGAUAAAUUCCAGUUGUGGGGACGAUCUCAAAAUGACUUUUUACAGAAUUUAAUAUAAUGAUCACCAAAGUGUCUGUUUGUAUGAAUAAAAAAUAUGUGCCAAAGGAUUCUGGAAAAAAUUGUGUAAUCGCUGAGAAAUAAGCAAAAUAAGCGCGGAUUCUGUCACUUCCGUCGGGUCUUUAUUCCUGCAAUAAUAAUACACUGUCCCACGUGUGCCUAUCUGUGUUGGCGAUUUUCAGUGUGAUCGUUUUUUAGCUUAGAUAUUAUGAUUUCACAAAGUUCAGUUUAUGUAACUGUACCAGGGGCCUGUUUCACUAAGCGCUAAGACGCGUCUUAAGCAUCCAUAAGUCCGGUUAUAGGACUUAGUGUAAGAUGCAUCUUAGCGGGAGUUUCACAAAGACCACUAAGACGCGUACCGUACUUUGUACCCAUUUAACUAAGUUGCAUACAGAGCGUAGCCUACGUCUCGUCGAGACGAGACGUAGGAACUGUUCUUAGUGUAAUGUCAUGUGAUAAAUUUCGCGCCAAAUUUGAAAGUUUUUUCGAAUUCUCGAUGAUGGCCGACCUCCAAAUAUUGAUGGCCGAUCGGGUGGCCAGAGGGCUUUGUCGAGAGCGUGUUUUUCGCGACAGGCAAAACCCUCUAGAUAGAUUUAAUGAGGAUGAGAUGUACGAGAGGUAUAGAUUUUCCAGAAGAGGUGUUAUGCAACUGUUAGAUAUCUUGGCUCCGCGAUUGGAUCGGGAGACAUCCAGAAGCCAUGCCAUUGAUGGACGGAUGCAAGUGUUUACGGCGCUGCGUUUCUACGCCAGUGGCACCGUGCACCACAACCAUGGUGACCAUCACGGCAUCAGCAAGGCCAGCGCAAGCAGGAUUGUCCGCCGCGUUAACCGUGUUCUGGGACGGAUGAAAGAUGAAGUCAUCAAAUUCCCAACAACCCCUGCUGAAGUUGCAGCCAGUCAAGCCGACUUCUACGCUGUAAGCGGUAUGCCCCGAGUUGUGAGUGCCGUGGAUUGCACUCACGUUUUGUUGAGGGGUGCAAGGUAGGUCUAUUUCAUUUGAUAUAUUAUAACAUGUAUUUAAAGCAUUAUAGAGCCUGUGGUAUGUCACACGCUAGGAUAGGCCAUCGGGGAGAGAGUACACCCUUAUAAAAAGGUACCAUGAAAUUACCAUGGUAACUAUGGUUCUUUUUUCCAAAUUACCAUCCACCAUAAGAACCAUGAAAACAUGGUAUCAAACCAUGGUAAUUCCAUGCCCUAAAAAUGAUCAUGAAAUUACCAUGGUUUGAUACCAUGAUUAGGCUUACCAUGGUUUUUAUGGUGGAUGGUAACUUGGACAAAGACCCAUGUUACCAUGGUACUUUUUAUAAGUGUUUGUGGGGUAAAAUAUUGUAACCAUGCGCGUGUGAACAAACAAAAUUGAAUAACCUGCAAAAAGUUGCGCUGUGUAACAUGUUAAACCCAGGUGUGGGUCCAGGGGGGGGGGCAGGGGGUCUUGCCCCCCCCCCCCCUCCUCGCCAAAGAGAGAGAGGGAGAGAGAGAGAAGGAAAGGGAAAGAGGAGAGAAAGGGAAAGAAAGAAGAGGAAGCAGAAAAGAAAAGGGGGAAAUAAGAAGAUCGGGGGGUGGGGGGGGGGGCGAAAGUUCCUUUCCUCCCAGGCUGUUGACUCCCCCCCCCCCCAG